UCGGCACACGGUUUUCGCGACACUCAUUAAUGGAGUCCAGAGGCGCAGCUCUCGUGGCACGGACCAUCGGUACGCCGUCUCGCGCGGUAUCAUGUAUAAGUCUACCAUUGCGAUUACAGAAAUAGAAUGAAUACGGCGUAGGCCGCGAUGUUUCUGGGGAGAUGAGUUUCUCUGUGGGUGAGAUAAAAGCGUGAUCGUCCUUGGUACUCUGAUGAUCUGAAAAUUUUGUUCCUCACUCCUUAUUUUCCUAUCUUGCGAAAUUCAUACAGAAAUUCAACCCGCACGCACAAUAACCACCAAUCCCCCCCCCCCCGCCCCCCAGAAAAAAAUUCCUACACAAUGAAUACCUCAAAACCCGCAGAUCCCACAUCCUCCUCGCAGACGUUCCAACAACGCACAUGUCCCAACAUGCGCUCCUGUUGGAACUUCUCCUACCACUCCUUCAGCCUGCGCACCUCCGACCGCCGCACUCUCUACCGACGUAUCAGCAUGAUCGUAAUUCUUCUUACUCGUCUCGCCCUCUCUAUCAUUUCAAUCUUUUUCCAUCUUUGGGGUGGGGAGUUGAUCAGCGUGAUUGUGGGAUCGAUACUAACAGUGCUGGGGUUUUUGUUUGUCGCGUGGUGCUUGACGGUCAUCGGAGAGGCGCAGGGAGGGAGAAAGGUUAUGGGGCUGAUGAUCAGACGAGGCGCGCUCGACAUCUUCCUUUGGAUUGUAGCGGAAGUCCACGUUGCGCUGCUGAUUAUUGGCGCAUUCUUCGGCUUUGGGAAUUGGAUGAGUAUUACGUGGACUGUCAUGUGGUUGGUAAUCUUUGGCGCUGCUUGGGUUUGUACCUGGACACCGGAUGAGGCGGAGAGUCAGGUUUAG